AAUAAUUCAAUGCUCCAAAACUGCAUCCACAAUAAACUCAACCAAACUCCGGCAGCAAUUAUAGAGAGAGAGAUAGGGAGAGAGGGAGAGAGAGAGAGAGAGAGAGAGAGAGAGAGAGAGAGCGCUGAUGGGGAGUGGGUACCAAUCGUUUCUAAGAAACAGCUAUUGGAUUCUUAGGCACGGCAAAAGCAUUCCAAAUCAAACCGGUGUCAUUGUUUCAUCUCUGGUUCGUGAAUUAGUCGUGUAUUUAUCUGAUUAUGUGUGUGUGUGGCAGGAAAAUGGAGUUCUCGAAGACUAUCAACUGGCUUCCGAUGGAGUUGAACAGGCUCGUGUAGCUGGAGAAUUAUUCCUCAAGGAACUGAGAGAAAACAAUAUCGGCCUGGAAAAUGUCUGCAUCUGCUAUUCACCAUUCUCUAGGACUACUCACACCGCAAAAGUGGCUGCUUCUGUUUUAGAUAUUCCACUUGAACCACCACAGUGCAAGGUAGUACAUGAUUUACGAGAACGCUUCUUUGGUUCUUCAUUCGAGCUGAAGUCUCAUGAUAAAUACUCAGAAACUUGGGCCUUGGACGCCAAAGAUCCCUUUUUGCAGCUGGAAGGUGGAGAAAGUGUUGCAGAUGUUGCCACCAGGCUCACGAGCGCAUUGGCACUGAUGGAGUCAGAGUUCGAAGGGUGCACGGUGCUAAUCGUCAGUCAUGGUGAUCCACUGCAGAUUUUGCAGACGAUCAUGAAUGCAGCUAAGGAAGAUGGAAGGAGCGAGGGAAAUGACUUAGUCUCAAGAGUAGAGGCUGUCCGACUCUCCUCUGUUCUCUCACAGCACCGACAGUUUGCUCUUGACACCGCAGAACUCCGUAGAUUAGUAUAGAUGAUGACUUCCAUCUUCCAUUAUUGAUCUUGAAAUACUCCAUUUAAGAGGAAUUGGAUUGGAACUUAUUAGAAUGUCAAUUUGAGAACUACUCUCGUUUAAGUUAAUAAAGCAAUUUGCUAUGAGUUGUAUACAUUAUCAGUUAUUGAAAUGAAACAUGAACCUUUUUUCUGA